CGGCAGCUGGAGCUCGCGCGAGCCGCGGGACCUGAUCCUGGACGCGUCCGUUCGUCUUAUUCCGCUCAGCGCGUUGCCAAGUGCAGCGAAGGGCGACGUAACGACAGCGAGCAGCCGUUGGGGGCACCACACCGUGCUCAGCAGCCACACUCGCUCAGCGCGCCUCUACGCCGCCGCGCGGCACCCGUGUCGUCCGCACUGCGGGACCUGCGACGAUAAAAAGGUAACGAUACCAUGGGCGAGCAGGAACCGCCGAAGGAAGAAGGAACGGAGCGCAAGCGCCGACGCUCCGAAGGCGAAGAGCGCGGGGGCGGCGACCGACGCGACCGCGACCGGGAGCGGAGCCGGCGCGACCGGCGGUCGCGGAGCCGGGACCGGCGGGGCUCCGAUAGGCGAAGGGAGCGCAGCCGCAGCCGCGGGCGGCGCCGCCGGUCGCGGUCACGGAGUCGCGGGCGGCGCGGCCGGACGCCCGAGCCGAGCUACCGGCCGCCGCCGCCCGGAGGCCGCGAUGAAGGCCGCUGGGGCGGCGGAGGUGGAGGCCAUUACGGCGGCGGGGGCGGCCCGGGCAACUACGGCGGCGGAGGCUACGGCGGCCCGCCGCCGCCGCGAAGACAGCAACCGCGGUUCAACGACGUGUGCCGCGACUUCAUGAACGGCAAGUUCCAGUGCAUAAAUGAAAUUGUCGCGUCUCCGCCACGCCAUCGACGCGUUGCACCCGACUCACCGAUUGAUUUGCGCACAGGCAAGUGCCUCCGGGGCGACAACUGCCGCUACUCGCACGCGGGCAUCGACCCUUCUUCUGGAUUAGCGAUCGGCGACGACAACGCCGUGCCCGAGCAGUUGAUACGCGAGGGCGCCAAGGUGCCCGAGGGCGCGCGCGUCCUGCCUUCCGGCGGCGACACGGACCGCAUGGCCGAGCUCUUCAAGCAGGCCGGCGUGACGACCAUCGCCGAGUUCAACGCGAAGCAAAAGGCCCUGGGCUUCGGCCUGCCGAACGAGCGCGAGCGCAAGCCGCCGCCCAAGGCCUCCCAGGCGGAGAUCGACGAAGUCCUACCCCUGCUCCAGCCGCUGCCCGAGAGCUACCGCCAGGCGAUCCUCGCGAUCCCCGGCUGCCUCGGCCACAUCGACACGCGCCACAUCAAGACUAUACUGAGACUGAACCCGAAGCACGCCAUGGCCGCGUUGCACGAGUUCCGCGAGGCCAUGGAGGACCUUCACUCGUCGAUCCGAAACAAGGGCGGCUACAUGAUGGGCGUUUUGAGGAAGUACCUCCCGGGCGAGGCGGCCUCGGGCGUGACCUACGACGGCCAGAAGAUUAGUGAUCUGGAAAAGUCCAUGCUCGACACGGACACGUUCGCGGACCCCUGGAAGCAGCUCGCGGAGACCGACGAAAGGGCGAAGGCCGCCGCCGCGGCCCAGGCCGAGGAGGAGAGAUUACGCAAGAAGGCCGAGGACGCGCUCCGCAAGUCGCCGCAACUCCCGUCCGACGCGGAGCAGGUUAAAAGGUUCGUGAAGAAGAAGGCGAAGGAGGCCGUCAAGCACGCGCCUAAUUUACAAGCGCUGCACGCCUGGGAUUUGGUGGUUGAGGAGACUUUAUGUGAUGACCCGGCCUGGGCUUCUCCUGCGACGUAUACGAGCAAGGGCGGCCGGCGGGCCUUCGCCGACGCCGACGCACCUUUGGUCUUCUCGUCGUGCGUCGUCGCGCGGCCGAUUGGUGCUUUAGUAACAGUGUUGGACGAGCCGCCGCACGUGUCGCUGCACGCGUCGCGCGACACCGUGCAGCGGCGCGUCGUCUACCGCUACGACCAGCGGACGGCCCUGGUGCACGAGAAGGGCGGGGUCCUGGCGCCCUUCCAGGCGCCGCACGACCGCUCCGUCCUAAUCGCGUGGCGCGCGGCGCCGCCGGCGCUCGGGUGCGCGGCGGGCGCGUGGCUGCGGCUGCGCUUCUCGGUGACGUCGGCCCUCGUCCCGGAGACGACGACGCACCAGCGCUGCCCCGUCGUCUUGGACGCGUGGCUCCUCGAGCCCCAGACGGCCGCGUCGACGAAGGUGACGACGUGGAGCGCCGAGGAGCUCCCGGAGGACGCGCCGGCCUGGCUCGGCGACGCGAGCGCGACCGACGCGGCGACGCGCGGCGCGGCCUUCGCGCGGCGCCUCGCGAAGCACCUCCACCUCGACGAGGACGGGCUCAGCCUGCCGGCGGCAGUGCCCGCCGCGUGGGACGCCGAGGAGCGCGCGGCCACGGCUGCCGAGACGAAGGCGACGGCCGCCGACCGCGAGGAGGGCGAGGCUUGA